CGACUCGCUUUAUUUCUGCUUUGCGUUCAAUCAAGAGCUGUGCUGCGCUGCUACUGCAUUAUUCUUGGGAAAAAAUUUCACUGUUGGCAGCGACUGAGAAAUAAAAUUGAAACGUCGACGUUCCGUUCCUUCCUCGGAGAAGAAACCCCCUUCGAAAUAAAAACAAACACUAAGCGUGCGUUCGCGCCAAUAUUUAUUAACAAUUAGCAAGCGAAAGAAGCAAAGUGAGUGUUCCCCCGCCCUGCCCCCCUUCCAAAGAGUUCGUGUGGUCAGUUUCCAUAACUCAAGUCUUGUUUCCCCCGACCCAGUGCAUACCCUUACGGCUGCCAUUGAGAUGGACAAGCUGGAUGCCAAUUUGGAACAGCAGUUUGAUCUAAAUCUCAUCGAGGCUGUCAAACUGAAUCCCGUCAUAUACGACAGAUCGCACUACAACUACAAACACUUUGUCCGCAAAGCCCAGACAUGGAAACAAAUCGCCGAAACACUCGGAGUGCCUGAACAAAAAUGUACAAAGCGAUGGAAGAGUCUGCGCGACAAGUUUGCACGCGAGAUGAAGCUGUGCCAGGAAUCGCGCUGGCGCUACUUCAAACAAAUGCAAUUCCUUGUGGACAGCAUCAGGCAGUAUCGGGAAUCGUUGCUCGGAAAGUGUGCCAACGGCAGCCAGGGUAAUCAGGUGUCUGAUCCUCAACAGCAGCAGCAACAGCAAGCCGUGGUGGACAUCUUUACACAGCCAUUCAAUGGCAGCGCCACGACCUCGGCAGGGGCAUUGACCCAUCCGCACGAAAUCACUGUAACCAGUGACGCACAGCUGACGACUACCGUGGGCAAGGACCAGAAGCCAUAUUUCUACGAGCCGCCUCUUAAGCGGGAGCGCGGCGAGGAGGAGCACAGCGACAACAUGCUGAACUCCAUCAAGAUUUUCCAGAACAGUGUCUCACAGGGGGUCAGCGCUGAGGAUCAGUCGUUUGGCAUGGUCGUCACAGACAUGCUUAACACGCUGGGCGUGCGACAGAAAGCCGAGGCCAAGGUGCACAUAAUCAAGUAUCUAACUGACAUGCAGCUACUUGCCCAGCACAACAAGUACUAACUAUCGGGCGGCGGUCACCGGCAACUGCUUCAGCUGCUGCAAUUGGAGAGUGUCUUGUCCUGAGAUCAAAUGAACUGGCGGCCACCCCCAUACACACACACACACAUAGACACACACGAACGCUUGCGAGUCGUGUGCGUUUACUUUCUCUAGGUUAUAACUAUUAAAAGUCAAACUAAAGUUUAAAACUAGACCUUAAGCCCCACGGCAUAUAUAUACAUAAAUAUAUAGAACAUUAUAGUACUUCCCUUAACCCAAACGUAGAAAAACAUAUAUAUAUUUAUAUGCUUAGUUGGCCCCAAGACCGAUUCAAUUCGUGCCCAGUUCUCAGCUCUGUAAAAAAGAAUGUGGAAAAAACUGAUUGUAAAAUUAUGCGUAGUUUGUUCAAACACUUUCUACGCAGCGAUGUACAUUUUUGACUACGAUUUAGUUGUAACUUGCCAUCGGGUUUUAGAUGUAAUUAAGUAAUUGCAGAUACGUUAUAUUAUUUUUUUAAGUUCUGUUGUAAUAUGCUGAAAACGCUUGAGAGAUACUUUGAAAUGCUUUAAAUAAGUACGUCAUUAAAAACCAUUUUACAUAUUGAGCGCA